AAUCCUACCUUUGGAAAACGAACACGCGCCUUCUUCGACACUCACGAAACCGCAGGUUGUUGCAAAAUCUUUCAUCAGUAAACUAUAUGAUACUUCAAGAACGUUAAAAAUGAGGAAAUAUCAGAACAUAUUUCUCCAGCUAGUAUUUAUUUGCAAUUUCGUACUUAACGCAAAUACCGUAUCGGGUAACAUACCAGUGGCAAAAAUUCCAAAUGGCACCUUGCAUGGAACGAUGAUGCCUACCCGACUUGGGAGAAAUAUUUAUGCUUUCUUGGGAAUUCCCUAUGCUGCACCGCCAGUAGGAGAACUCAGAUUCAAGCCCUCGCAACCACCGGUCGCUUGGAGUGGCACCUUAAAUGCUGCGAAAAAUCCCGAGAUAUGCACGCAACGGAAUAUCUACGUUUAUCAGGAGGAAAUUGUCGGCAGCGAAGAUUGUCUCUAUCUAAAUGUCUAUACACCACGCAUGCAUUGCGACAAAGAUCGCUCAGAUUCCGAUUAUGCUAAGGAACGGCAGGAGGUCUUUCCUCGAUUUCCGGUCAUGAUUUGGUUCCAUGGCGGCGGAUGGCUCGCUGGUGCCGGCAACUCUGAUUAUUACGGACCUAAAUUCCUGCUGGAUCAUGACCUCGUUCUCGUCACUGUGAAUUAUCGACUUGGACCGCUGGGUUUCUUGAGUACGGAGGAUUUGGAAUGUCCAGGAAAUAUGGGAUUAAAGGAUCAGCAGCAAGCUAUGCGAUGGGUGCAUGAGAAUAUUGCUUUCUUUAGCGGCGAUCCGAAUAGAGUAACUCUUUUCGGUGAAAGCGCAGGUGGUGCGAGUGCUCAUUAUCAUAUGGUCAGUCCUCUUUCAGAAGGACUAUUUCAUCGCGCUAUUUCGCAAAGCGGCAACUUCUAUAAUCCGUGGACCAUGACGUCACCGGGAAUUGCCAAAAAAAGAGCAAUAAUGGUGGGUAAUCAUUUAAAUUGUAAUACCAAGGAUUCCAAGGAACUCAUCGAGUGCUUACGAAAGAAGAGCGCGGAGGAAAUUAUUGGUACAGAUCGCCUUUUUAAGAAAUUUGGAUAUUGUCCAAUGAUACCAUUCCGACCAGUAAUUGAACCUGAACAUCCAGGUGCUUUCAUAAAGGAAGAUCCUUUAAUUUCUGUGCAAGAAGGCCGUUUUCUUGAUAUACCUUGGAUGACGGGAAUCACUUCAGAAGAAGGAGCUUUAAAAGUAGCAGGUAUUUACGGACGGGAAAACGCCGCGAAGAUAUUGGAAGAGAACUUUAACAAAAUUGCACCUAUUAGCUUGCUUUAUGAUGAAAGAUACAAUAUCACUGAGCAUUUGCAAAAUGAAAUAAGUUCCACUAUCCAUGAAUUCUACUUCGGUCGUAACACUAUCGACAACACCGAGGAAUCCCGAUUCAAAGUUAUUAAUAUGUACAGCGAUUCGUGGUUUAAUCACGGAACCCACGAAGCCGUGCGGGAUUUUAUUAAAAAUCAAACUUCACCAGUGUUUUAUUAUUAUUUUGCGUACCAAGGAAGUGUGUCCUUCAGCACGAUAUUUGGCGAUCCUGUAAAAAAUUAUGGAGUGUCGCAUGCAGACGACUUGCAGUAUUUGUUCCCCGUGGGUGAACAAUUGUUCCCGGAUACGCAAUUGUCUGCGAAAGAUGAGGGAAUGAUCGAUCUUAUGACGAAUCUUUGGUAUAACUUUGCAAAUUCUGGAAAUCCUACACCAAAGAUCACAAACGUGAUUCCCUUGAAGUGGAAACCUGUAAAAACUGAUUAUGCACCAGAAUAUCUGCACAUAGAAAAUUCGGAAAGCAUCAUUAUGAAUCAUAGUCUUCUCUGGCAGAGAAUGAUAUUUUGGGAUACCUUAACACACCGAUUAAAGUCUUAUGGCAAUACAUUUAGACAUUUGAGGGAUGAAUUGUAAUUUACGUAUCAUAAGCAAAUUACGUAUAUAUAUAUAUAAGUAUAAACAUUACGUACAUACAUAAGCAUAAACAUUACGUACAUAGAGCAAAAGUGUGAUUUCAGUGUAAUUGCAAAAUCUUAAAAUGAAAUUUUAAAAAAUUGCUUCCUUCAAUUAUAAGAUAAUUACUUUUAAUUAUUAUUAAAAUUUUUUAAAUUUGAAAUUGUAGUAGUAUUGCUUAUGUUUAUAGGGCAAUAUUAAAUAUUAAACAUUUUAUUAAUAU